UUGCUGAGUUGUCGACGUGAGCGUGUGUUGUCGACUCUGGAAGGUUGUGCAAUCAUUCAGUGGCUGGGAAAUAAUUUCAGUGGUGAAAUCUUCUAAGAAUUUCCCGAGAAGCGCAAGAAAUUGACCAGAAAACCACACUUGAGCUGGAGGAAAAUUAACAAUGAUCGUCAUUGUGGCGGAGUGAUUGCAUAACAUGGUGGUAUCGUGAAGUGAAGUGAGUGAAAUCGAUCUUGAGCGUUUGGCUUGCUCAGUCUCAAUUGAAAGUGACCCUCUUUCCGAAGCCACUAGACUUUCAGUGCUCCUGCAACAAUGUACGUGAAAAUGAAUCUCCUCGCCGUCGCUCUCCUCUUUGGAUUUAGCAUUGGACUGUCUCAAGCGAAAGGCUCCCACAAGGUUCACUGCUCUGAAGAGCUGAUGCGAGUGGAGAUCUCCUUGCCAUCGGCCGAGCAGAUGCAGAAUCCUCAGGUGUAUUUGGACGGGAUGAAGGGCUAUCCUGAUCCCCGAUGCCAGCCGCAGAUCACGGAAUCUCUGGCGGAAUUCCAUCUCUCGCUCACGGAUAUCUACGAGUGCGGCGUGACGCGGAUUGUGAACAAGAUCACCGGCAAGAAGGUCUUCUAUCACAAGAUUAUCAUCGAGGGCAAGGGCAGCAAAGAAGUCGUGAGCGUGAAGUGCAUCACCACCGGUCCAGUGUACAAUGUCACAGCCAGAGGUCACGGAAUCGUGAGAAGGGACACUCUUCCGGCAGGAUUUCAGGAGCCAGAGGAUCUCGAGAUCACGACGAUGGUCAUCGAGAGGGCGCCGGAACCCAUCCUGGGCGUGGGAGUGCGACAGGGAGACGAACUGGUGUCCGGGGAGCUCAACGUGAGUCCCGGAACGCCGCUGCGUAUGGAGAUCUACCUGGACAAGGCCUCAGCGCCGGUGUACGGAUUGGGAGUGACGUACAUGCAAGUCACCGAUACGCGAACGCAGGAGGAAACGAUCAUCUUUAACGGAUGUUCCGUGGACCCGUAUCUCUUUGAGAACUUCGACACAAGCGACGGCGAUUUCCUCACUGCCAAAUUCAGGGCCUUCAAAUUUCCUGAAACGACUUUCGUGCAAUUCCGCGGCACUGUGAACGUUUGUCUGGACAAAUGCCAGGGCAUUCCCUGCAGUAAUGGUCAGAUUGGCUAUGGACGGCGGAAACGAGAGAUUCCCUCACAAGCAGAUCCGAACAAAGUGUACGAAAUCUCGAUGGCCACCUUCUUGAAGGUGAAUUACGAGAAGGGCGCGGAUAAAGCCACACUCGAUGAACUUGAGGCGAAGCUGAAGCAGCUGAAGAUUGCGAAUCAGAAGCUGGCGCGAAACAGCCGCGGAAGCAUACAAGAAGUGGACAAUUCGAAGCUGAACUACAGAUCAGAUGGCGAGUCCGCGACCGUGGAGGAAACGACGCUGGUGAAGGUGCAACAGGGAGCGGCGAAUGCGGUCACCUGGUCAGUUGUGACAGUACUCCUGGCCAGCCUAGGCCUCCUCCUGGUGUGAGAAUGCCGACGAAGUGACCGUGCAGAGAAUAUUACCGUGAUACGCGCCACUAAUUGUUAACGACGACUCAACGAACAUGUAUUAAAUGCUCCACUAAUGCUUUUCGAGUGUGUAUAAAAAGGACGACGAUCGAGUGUAGGAGAAUUCGAAUAACCACCCUCCCUUUAAUAGGUAUUAACGUGUAAGAGAUUAUUCAUACGCAUUGUGAUCUCCUAAUGAUGACGAAAAUUUAGGACCUCAUGACCUAUGAAUGUCCAGUAAUUAAUUGAAAAGCAAUUAACUAGUCUUCUAAGUGAAGUAAUGAGAGUGAAAUGAAUAAAAA